GAACUGAGAAAGAUGAAAGAAGUUGGUAGUGCGAGUUUGGCGUCUGUGCGUAAUUUACACGCGGUAUUGGUGUGUAUUUGGCGCUUAAUGCUGCGGUAAGUAUAUCAGCAGAUCACCACUACCUCUGUACUAAGUACUCCGGAGCAUGUACUUGAGUCCACAAGGGCAACUAUUGAAUACUGCAUUUUGCCUCUGCGAGUGCAUAUUUGCCUCUGUGAGCGAUGGAUCGGAUCAUCUUCAGGGGCACUUGAAAAGGAAAAAGAAAAAGUUUUUUUUUUUUAAGCGGCGCAAUGCUGGUGAUAGGAUGUUAUGGUGGCGCAAAACCUCAACAGCUGAAAAAAAUAAUUCGCCUCGCAUUGGAGCUGCCACAUUCCCCCCCCCCCUCCCUCUCUCUCUCCUCCUCUAUCCCAGUCCACUCGGAUUCCCUAGUUUAUUCCGUGACAGGAUGCUAAAAAGAGGUUUGAUUCGUUUUCCUUGCUAGUGUUGUGCCAUCAACUGCGGGUACAGCUGCAACCUGCAUUUUCACCCGCACC